GCUAAACUUAAAAUGUCUAUUUUAUAUCAGUGUUUCUUGAUUACAUUUUUUAAACCUUAAAUCAUUGUUUAUUUGCAUAUUUAAACUCGAUUUUGAAUCUCAAAUUUUUGAACUCCACUGUAUCUUUGUUACAUCAUCAACAAAUGCCAAUGUCCAUAAACACAACAAAUUUACUAAUAAACCUCUAGCGAAUACAUCCAGAAAAAGAAAUUGCAUAUUAGAAAGAGUUUAUGGUUACGUAAGAUAUUCUUUUUGUUUUCCAGAAAGUAUAGGACUUUCUCAGCAGUGGGCAAAUGAGAAGCAUUACGUGUGUUUUAAAGGCAGUCUCUCUCUCUCUCUCUCUUCGCCGUGCUCCUCGCAGCUCUAUAUUAGAAACAGCUGUGGAGUUUGAGGCUGAAUGAAUGGCUCUUUGUGAUUUGGCUGUCACUCCUGUAUAAGGCUCUGUUUCUUUCUCCCUCUAGAAACUGGCAUGACAAAAGUGUUGGAACAAUGUAACCUAAUGUUCCUACUUUGACAUUGUUACGCCAUAAAAUCAUAUCAAUUCACCACUAAGACUGCAGAAAUGCAUGUAUGAGAUGUUGAGCUUUAGAAGAACGUGCCCUUGAUUCUUCAAGUGUAAGUUUAGAUGACCAGAAAUGAAAUGUCUGUAUGAGAUUAAGAGGAUCAUUUUCCAGUCAUGCAGAUCGUCGCUUGAACCCUGCUCUUGAGGAAAUCUUUGAGGUGUAGGAGUGUUUGUGAAGGUCCACGAUGUUCUGGAAUGUUUCUGGAUGCCGUCUGGUGUUCGUCAGGGGUGUGUCCGUCUCUUUGGGUUUAGGCGGGUGUCUCGGUAUAACUCCGGACCAAAAAACACGGCUCACAUUGCAGCGCUUUCCCAGGCUCGGGACAAUUUGCCAAGUAACAUGUUGUUGUGGUUGAGGGAGAUGAGGGGUGUGUUGUGGUGGUAAGCAAUGAUGAUAGAGAGCCAAGACGAAUUAGGCUCUCACAGAAGAGGCUUUUUUGGAUCAACAGUCAUGAGGAGUGGCUUUUCUAGUGCUCAAGAUGACUGCAAACGUCUAAAAUGAAGGGAUUUUGGUGGCAUCCAUAAGAGAGUCGAAGGAAUCGAAAGAGGAGAGCGAGGAGGUCGGGGAAGAGAGACCAUCAUUGCAGCACAGAGAGAUUGGCUGGUGAAUGACAAUCAUGGCUCAGGUGCUUCAUAUGGACUCCAGUUUUCCAGGGAAGAUUAACCCCCCGGAGCCCCCCUCUUUGCAUGGAAAGGACCCAGAGGCUCCAUACACAGUAGAGACCCCCUAUGGCUACCGUCUGGACCUGGACUUCCUCAAGUAUGUCAAUGAUAUUGAAAAGGGCAACACUAUUAAGAAGGUGCAAGUGCAGCGGCGCCCACGUUAUGGCUCGCUUCCACGUGGCUACGGAUACACGGGCUCCUGGUGGACCUCCACUGAGUCGCUCUGCUCCAAUGCCAGCAUGGACAGCCGUCACUCGUCAUACUCCUACUGUGCGCCGGGAUUUCACAACUCACAGCGACCCAACUUCAGUACGGCACGCGUGGAGAAGACCUUGCUGGACGCUCGCCGCAAGCUGGAGGAGGAGAAGGAUGGCCGUCGUUUCUCGAACCUGGGCAGCAUGCACAGUAGCGUGGCAGGCUCCAACACCUCACUAUCCAGUGCCCACAGCUUCAAUCGUGCACAGGGAGGUGGCUCCUAUACGCCAAUGAGCUCUGGCUUGUCCACACCCGUCUCACCAACGCCCGCCCAUCUGCAGCACGUACGGGAGCAGAUGGCCGUCGCCCUCCGGAAGAUCCGGGAACUGGAGGAGCAGGUGAAGACCAUCCCGGUUCUGCAAGUGAAGAUCUCCGUGCUUCAGGAGGAGAAGAGACAGCUUAGUGUGCAACUCAAGAGCCAGAAGUUCCUAGGCCACACACUGGCGUUCAGUCGGAGCCGUCCACGAGGAGAGCUCUACAUCGACAUCCCUGAAGAGGAGACGGGAAAUGGGACAGGAGCGGCGAACAGAGCCACAGGAAGUCUAUCUCCGACCACUCCGGGUUCCCUUCAGGACUCAGGAUGUGAAAUCGAGGAGACUGUAAUCGUCGGUGGAGCUCGUCCGGGUGCAAAGCGGGAGGUGCGAACUGUCAGUGUGGGACCUGAGGUGGCUUACCGUCAAGUGGGAGUUGGGGUGCGAGAAGAGGACUUGGGUCUGCUGCCUGAAGCCGAAGCCCUCAAGACUAAGGUGGGGCUUUUAGAAGUUCAGCUGAGGAAAAUGACGCAGGAGCUACAGAGCGCUCAACAGCAAGUGGAAGUGGCUCAGAGAGAGAGGCGAGCUCUUUCCGCUCAGGUGGGCCAUGCAGUGAGAGCCACCAGUAUCGGCUGGCAGGAGCAGCAGGGUCAGGCCAGUACGGGCCUGCACACGGUUGUCAGUUUUACUCAGCAGCCUCAUCAGCAGAGGACUGUGGGGAUCCAAGUGUACACGCUGGAGCAGCCUACAGUGGUGGGUGUGGGGACGCUGCUAAGAGCCCAGGGUUGCACUUCUCCUGCUCAGCCUGGGUCUGUACCGGAAGGAGCCCACAGAAGACAUGCAGAGUCCCCAGCAGCAGAGGAAUCACCACGUGAAUUUCCCAUUGCAAUAAGCUCUAAGCAGGUGCGGGAGGUCUUGAGAAGUGAAGUGUCCAAAUCAGUACCAGUGACCAACCAGGCAACUGCUAUGGAGACAAAGUGCGGCCAAGUGGCAGCUGUCUGCCAACGGCUAAAAGAAGGAGAGAUUAACCAGCAACCAGCAGAAGAAGCCAUCCAAAUCAAUCCAGCAAAACCAGCCUCCCCUCAGUCCAACCUGAGGUCAAUCAUGAAGCGAAAGGCAGAUGGGGAACCUGGCUCUCCGUACACCAAAAAGAACCUGCAGUUCAUAGGAGUCAAUGGAGGGUACGAGUCGACAUCCUCUGAUGAUAGCAGCUCGGAAAGUUCAGAAGAUGAGAGUGAUGCAAGCGAAUACCACGAGGCUACAGAGAAACUACCGGAAUCUGUGGCGCAGCAGUCUCAGGUGACCUCUCGCAGCCCGCAGCCCAUCUGUGAGACAGCAGCUGCUCAAACACCUCAGCACAGCACUGCCCAGCCACCAGCCAAUCACACUGCAGCACAGCAGAGCACCAGCCAAUCGCAAGCCACGGAUGCAGCUACCCAGCAACAGGUCACCCAAUCACCAGCAGCAGGCAUACAGCACUCUGUAAACCAAUCGUCAGUGACCACCACAGCUCAUCCGGUGGGCAUUGUUCAAUCAGCAGAUGUUUUCCAAGGGCGUACCUCUCAAAGCAGUGCCACUUCUCUCGAACAAGACUCUGUCCAGUCGUCAUCCACCAGCGCUACAGUGCAGCAAUCCAAAGCCACCGAUUCAAACGUCCAGCCAAAUCUCACUCAGCCAGAUGUGUCAGGCCUUGCUGCUCCGCAGACAGUCACUCAAUCACAAUCCACUGGUGCCAAACCUCAGCAAGAUGGAGCAACACAAUCACAAUCUACUGAUGCCUCAGCAAAACAGGACAUAGCCAUAUCCUCCUCCACUGAUCCAGCUGCAAAUACAAGCACCACCCCUAUUAACAAACAAGCAAGCAGUCUGGAAUUGAGUGGCAGUCUCGUGGCAGCUCUCCACACCUUGCAGAAGGCAAUCAGUGAACCAAAUGCAUUUAGCCAUCAAAAUGCAAGGACAGCCUACACCACAGUGCUGCAGGAGUGGCUCAGAGUGUCCUGUCAUAAGGCUGCUGACACUGCAGUUGUCAAAGCAUACAUGGACACCUUUGCCUCCAUUUCUCCUCAGCUACUGGAGUUUGUCAUCAACAUGGCUGACGGCAAUGGAAACACAGCUCUGCACUACACUGUCUCUCACUCCAACUUCCCUGUAGUCAAACUACUGCUGGAUACUGGUCUCUGUAAUGCUGACAAGCAGAACAAGGCUGGUUACACAGCUAUCAUGUUGACAGCUCUGGCUGCCUUCAACUCUGACAGUGACCUUCAAACCGUGCUACAGCUGCUCCGCACCGGAGACGUCAACGCCAAAGCCAGCCAGGCGGGGCAGACGGCGCUGAUGCUGGCGGUUAGUCAUGGCAGAGGGGACAUGGUGAGAGCUCUGCUGUCCUGUGGAGCUCAGGUGAACCUGCGGGAUGAUGACGGCUCCACAGCGCUCAUGUGUGCCUGUGAACACGGACACGUGGACAUUGUGCGGCAGCUGCUGUCUGUGCCGGGCUGUGAUGCCACACUCACUGAUAAUGAUGGCAGCACAGCUCUCUCCAUAGCACUGGAGGCCAGUCAGAAUGACAUUGCCGUGCUUCUGUAUGCACACCUCAAUUUCGCGAAGCCGCCUUCCCCUGUGUCACCAAAGUCUCCGAUUCUGGGAUCUUCUCCUCCCUCCUCUGAACUGAAGUGAAUGGAUGUCCUGAAUCUGAUGUCACCUCUUCCAGCAAACGAUCCUUGUCCAUUCCACUGUCUCUGUGUGUGUGUGUGUGUGUGUGUGUGUGUGCGCGUGUGUGUGUGUGUGUGUGUGUGUGUGUGUGUGUGAGUGUGUAUGUGAGAGGUUUUGUGUGUUGGUGUACAUGUGUACAGUAUGUGUACCCACAAUUUAGCAUGUACAACUUUUAGAGAUACAAAGAUUGUGCACUCUUAAAAGAAUUAGCACUUGAUGCCAUUGGUCCUUAUACAGUAUGUUGUUUUCUUUUAGCGUUUUUCAUUGUAGCGAAGAAAAAAAGGGGUGCGAUUCAAAAAAGAAUAACAACCAGCGUGUAACAGCAAUAUCAUUCAAUAUCAUUAGCGGUCCAUUUGUUAAACAAGUGUUACCUUACACAGUCGAUUUAUCCAAGCGUGUUUACUUUUAACAAUCCAGCAAUAUUUAGCAUUCAAAUCAUCCACUUAUAUUCAUACAGCAACUGAUUACAUUUAUAAGAGCAUUGUGUAAACAACUAAAAAACAUGUAUUUUAAUCAAGUGUCCUUUCACGGUUUUCACUCUUUUAAUACGUAAAACACAUUCUGAGUUUCCACACCAGCUGUUUUCAGAACGUUUGAUAGCCUUUACAACAAGAUAGUGGUCCAGUUACUUCUCUAGGAGCUUUGUAAUGCCGUCUUUUACAGGUAAUACACUUACAAUGAUAUUUUAGCAUUUUUACUGAAUGAAUUCACAUUGUGAGACAUCAUCCUGCUUAAGAUAGUGUUCGUAUUCAAUUUGUGGGCUUGUGAAAAUCAUCUACAGGUUCUCUUUAUCCUAAUAGACAGCAUUGCCACCACAGAUUUGUUCACAGCCGGUGCAGUAUUACGGUCUCUUGUACUUUGUUUACUCUGAUUUGUGGAGGACUGCAUGGUUUUGUUAUUUUGUUAAUGUAAAAACUUGUAUUGAAGGUUUAUUGAACAAGGGCUCUCCAAAGACAUUAUAAAUGAACAUCAAAUGAGUUUUCCAGAGCUAAUACAUAAUUUUUAAAAUCUUGUGUAUUGCCAGUUUGUAAUCAUACAUAGCCAGUGAAGGAAAUAUGAAGGUACGCAAGUUUCUUGUUGGAUAAGACCAGAUGUCAUCUAGCGCAUCGCGUUUAAGUGAUAUACACACAUUGGUACUGGCAUGUGUUCACUGAGCACCAGAUGAUUUUGUUUCUUUUUGCUCAGUUGAUGGUGGUUUUAGGGUCCUGAAUGUGGGGUUAAAGGCUCGUUAUUGUCUAUGACGAAUGUAAAAUGUUUUCCAAAAUGAGAAUAAUAUAUAUCAUCUCCAAAGUUUUAGUGCAAAGACUAUAGAAUUUUUUUUCUUAGCUUUUUCCAACCACACGAGAUGUUGGAUUUUAUCAUUUUAAAUGGAAAAGCUUUGUUUAAUUGGAAAGGUAGAUUGAAAUUUUUGGUUUACCCACUUUGUACACACACUUUCUUACAACUAGUUUAGUACCUAAUUAGUUUUAUACUCUUUUGUAUUUGUUUUAUUUAACACUCCUUGAAUAUCUUUAAAUUUGUAACAUCUGUUCACAGCUUUGUAUAUCUUUUGGCACAUUUGCCGGCCAUGGACCUUUAUGUAAAGUGCUCACAUUUAAAUUUGUUUGUCUGUCUGUUUGUUUGUUUCCCUUGUUUUUGGAAAAAAAUAAAUUUAGUUAGAAGGAA